GGGGGCGCGGCCGGCAGCGCGGGGAAGAUGGCGGACACGGAGAGCGGCGCGGGGAAGCGGCCCAAGGGCGCGAAGGUGGAGGACAGGAAGGUGGACUGGCGGCGCUGGAAGCAGGAGAGGAAAGCAGAGACGAAGAAAUGGAAGGAAUUGAAGCUGCUGAAGAAACUGGAGAAACAGCGGAUGCGAGAGCUGGCAGAACAACAAGCCCAGACGCAGGAGGAACAGAAGGAAGACAGAGGCCGUCAGCACACGCUGAGCGUGGCCCUGCCCGGCUCCAUCCUGAACAACGCGCAGUCGCUGGAGCUGCGCACGUACCUGGCGGGACAGAUCGCCCGCGCCUGCGCCAUCUUCUGCGUGGACGAGAUCGUGGUGUUCGACGAGCACGGCGAGGAUGUGAAGAGCGUGGAGGGGGAUUUUGAAGGAAUUGGGAAGAAAGGCAAGGCUUGUGUGCAGCUGGCUCGGAUCCUGCAGUACUUGGAGUGCCCUCAGUACUUGAGGAAAUCCUUUUUCCCAAAACACGAGGAUCUGCAGUUUGCAGGGCUGCUCAACCCCCUGGACAGCCCCCACCACAUGCGGGUGGACGAGGACUUGGAGUACCGCGAGGGCGUCGUGCUGGACCGGCCAACGAAGCCAGGCAGAGGCUCUUUUGUCAACUGUGGGAUGAGGAAGGAGGUGCAGAUUGACAAACAGCUGAACCCGGGUCUGCGAGUCACCGUGCGCCUGGAGGAGCCCCAGAAUCCAGAAGCCAAAGUGCGGAAAGGCACCGUGGUGUCCUCGCACCACCCCCGGGCAGUGUCAGGCUUGUACUGGGGUUACAGCGUCCGCCUGGCCUCCUGCUUGAGUGCUGUCUUUGCCGAGUGCCCAUUCAAGGAAGGCUAUGAUCUCUCUAUUGGGACCUCAGAGCGGGGCAGCUCCGUGGACCAGGUCACUCUGCCCUCCUUCAGGCACGCCCUUGUCGUAUUUGGAGGCCUCGAGGGCUUGGAAGCUGGCAUUGAUGUGGACCCAAAACUGGAGGUCACCGACCCAAGUGUCUUGUUUGACUUCUACCUGAACACGUGUCCCGGGCAAGGCAGCAGAACCAUCCGGACAGAGGAAGCGCUGCUGAUCUCUCUCUCUGCACUGAGACCACACAUUGAGAAGGCUGUGAAGACACCCGGAGACAGCUGAGGGAGGGAAACCACUGACGUUGCCCUUGGGGAGGCAGCUCUUCAAAUGUGGGGUGCUGGGCAAGUCACUCCAGGAGCCUGUGGGACCAAAGCACAGUGUGGCUGGAGCUGGCAGCACUGCCCAACCAGGCAUUCACUGCUGCUGGGAGCAGCAAGGCUGUGCCCUCCUUCCCAGAAGCUGGCACGAGCCUGGCAGCAGACUUGGUCUCAGCACCUCAGACAUCUGGGGUGCAAAUAAAACAGUGUGGAACCUCA